CUCGGCUUGCCGUACCAGACAGCAGUCAGCUGAAAUGUGUUUGCGGAAGUUUCACUUUAUUGCCUGGUUGAGAUUGAAGAGCUCGGGCUUUCUUCGGUUUUACCGCACAGUUUUAAACAGCGAUCAUGGAUUUAAGUUCGGAAUCUGUGAAGAAAGUUCUCUCUAAGUAUAAAUUUCGUGAUGUGGCUAUUGAAGAGCUACAGAAAGUGUCUCGCGUCUACGCUGACAUGGAAGUAAAAUCUGGAACAUACACAUUUAGUGACAGUCUACAGAAGGAUCUACUCAAACUGGUUGGAAACAUCCCAAUCAGAUAUCAAGGGCACUCAUAUAACCUGCCCAUCCUGCUUUGGCUCUUGGAUUCCUUUCCUUUCACACCUCCCAUCUGCUUCCUGAGACCCACGUCCAGCAUGGUCAUACGGGAGGGUAAACAUGUCGAUUCGAAGGGUAGAAUACACCUGCCGGGCCUGCACAACUGGGACCAUCCAAAGUCCUCUGUGAAUGGCCUUCUGGCAGAGAUGAUCGCUAAGUUUGAGGAGGAACCUCCACUGGGCACCAAAUCUUCAGCACAUGGUGACAAUCCCAACGAUCUACUGGCCUAUGUGUCGAAUCUCAAAGUUAAUGAAGGUGUAAAUCGGCCUGAUCAAGAGGUUAAAGUGUCUGUGAUUGGCGGGGGAGAUUUGGGAAUAGCUACCGUGUUGAGUAUUAUGGCAAAAAGCUCUGUUGACAAACUGGUUUUGAUUGACAUCCCUGAGAGUUCAACGAAAGGUGGCACAAUGGAUUUGGAGAUUUUCAGUUUACCAAAGGUCGAGGUGUCAAAAGACCUGUCGGCCUCAGCGGGCUCUAAAGUAGUGGUCGUCACAGCGAAUGCCUGGAGUGAUGAGCAGUCAUAUUUGAGUGUAGUUCAGACUAAUGUGGACAUGUACAGAGGAAUCAUCCCUCAUCUCGCCCAGCUGAGUCCAAAAGCUGUGCUGCUCAUCGCCUCUCAACCAGUGGACAUUAUGACACAUGUUGCCUGGAGACAAAGUAAUCUUCUGCCCACUCAAGUGAUCGGUGUGGGGUGUAAUCUGGACUCAGAGAGACUGUCUCACAUCAUCAACAUUUCACUGGUGGCAAAUAACACAGGCAAGCAGGCCUGGGUCAUUGGAGAACUCUCAGAGAACAAGGUGGCAGUGUGGGGUAACAUGGGGCCGGGAACUGACCAACUACAAGCGUUAUCCCCAGUGUCCAACUCCACCAAACCCUUGAUGGACAGGGCAUUAGAGAUGCUCAAGGGCAGAGGUCAGAGGUCAUGGUCAGUUGGGUUAUCCAUUGCUGGCAUCACUCACAGCAUCGUAACAGACCAAAGGAAAAUACACUCUGUCACAACACUGGCUGAGGGUUGGGGUGGAAUCGGUUCCAAAGUGUUCCUCAGCUUGCCAUGCAUCCUCGGGGAAUGUGGCUCUACCAGAUUACCAGGUGUGGCUUUAGGUUCAGAAGAUGAAAUGAAGCUGAGGGAGAGCGUGGCAUGUCAGGUCAACCUCUUCAUGCAGCUGAGAAUGUAAUACAAGGAACUGGAUAAAACUGCAUCACCUCCACCAGCGGUAUAUUUUCUCUGCAGUCUCUGCUACAACCGAAGCUUUGAGACACACAUUCGGACUUUCAGAACAUUUAUGAAUGCAGGGCUAUUCAAAGAAAAUUCUAAUAGAAGGUGAAGAUGCAGUUUAGUCCUUCCUGUGACGGUUGCUUAUUUUAUAUUCUCACAGCAGCCACUGUGAAGUGGAAGUCUUACAUCUGAAGGCAAUAGCACUAACGCACUUAUGCUGGCUUCCGGUGAAUUAUUAUGCAAAAUAUUACUGCACUUCAAUAUUGUUUACAAUACACACUAUGUAGAUGCAAUCCUUUUUGUCAUAAAACUUACUGAUUGUGCUUACCUGUGCAAAUAAUGGACAAUGGUGCCUUUAUGAAAGACUACAAUAUGGUAGAUGGUUAAAUUAUGGUUGAAUGGUAAAAUGAAUGGCUUCAAGUGCUUGUUAAAUGCUAUUACCAAUCAGGCAAAUCUGUCAUGUAGGUUUGCUUAAAUUAAUUAAAGGGCGUGGGUUCCUAAUGUGCGUUUCUGCAAGUGAAUGUACAUUUUAAUUUCUAAAGAAAUAGAUCCUGGUAUAUUUUAUCACAUUGUGCUUGUCAUAUACCUCUGAAUGUGAAAUCAGAAUUGAAGAUAGCAAUAAUGUAAAUAAAACACUCCACUUUACCAUC